CCCGCGGAACCUCCAUGGACAUAAAUGGCCUAUAAAAAGCCCUCUUGCCCCUUUUUCAAGCAACCCGUCCUCUUAUAAACUUGUUCAUCUCAUCCUGAAGCCAAACACAGCUGUCACAAAGCAAAGGCACGAACGCGUGGAGACAGGCGUACCAACAGCAGCUCUUUACCGCCAGUCUGCAACGCUGAGGCCCUUCCCUUCCGCUAUCGGGCUGUGUUUCGUCGGAACAAGCUGCUUUAUCAGUUUCCGUCUCCUCGACGAGCUUAUCUCUGCUUUUCGCAAGCACCUUCGCCAGCAGCCAGAGCCACAAUGCAUUGUUUCAUUGUUCCCCGAAGACGGGACCGUUCUUUACUUCUGCACCAAGGUUAUCAACGGCCUUGGGGUUUGAGGGGGGUUGCUCUUUGUCCAGUCGGACGCUCCGCAAUUGACUUUCUCUUAGUCAACAGAUGGCGCUCCUUGCCAGCAACUGCCAGCGCGUGACCGCAUCACCUUCCCAAUAACUCGUUUUCAGGUGUCAUCCCGAUUUCAUCUGCUGCCUGACCGGUGAGCGUUUGGGUAAAGCGGUGGUUCAGUUGCCGAUGGAAGGAUUGAUGUGACGACGAAAAAGCCGAUCCGAACUCACCCGCUUCCGGGAUGCUCACCGGCCACCGGAGCUCGAUUUUGAGAAGUAACAAUCGGGUUUUGUUUUUUGAACUCGAAACGUAUUUUCGUAAAUUUUGACUCUCGGUGGCGGUAAAGCUACCGAGACACAGUAUUGAGCCUUGUUCGCCAUCAAUUGGGAAAUAGGAAGGUGUAUAAAACGCCCCCAGGUUCUCCACCAAGGAACAACACUAUUUCAACCGACCAGCACUCAAGUAGACAAACCUGCCUCAAACUUGCCGAAAUUCUCGAUUUAGUUCAGUUCGACAUUCAACAGGGCCGGCAGAAUGGGCGGCGUCACUUUCAUGGAGGGCAACCCGGACCGGAAGUUCCCCGAGUCCCGGGUCCUCAUCAUCAUGACCGGCGGCACAAUUUGUAUGCAGCCCUCCGCCGAUGGCCUCGUCCCAAUGAGCGGCUUUCUCGAACUUGCCAUGGCCCCCCGACCUUCCUUCAACGACAGCACGGCUCCGUCCACCAAUAUAACAGCCUACACAAAAGAAGGCCACAAACUCACCCUAUCCUCCCUCCGGACCCCCACCUCAGCCUACUGCAAACACAUCCGCUACUCCAUCCUCGAGUUCUCCCCCCUCCUCGACUCCUCUAGCAUCGCAUCGGCAGGGUGGACAGACAUCGCCCUCACCAUCCAGCAAAACUACCACCUCUUCGACGGCUUCGUCAUCCUCCACGGCACCGACUCGCUAGCUUACACCGCUUCGGCCCUGUCGUUCAUGCUUUCUGAUCUCGGCAAACCAGUCAUCCUCACCGGCUCCCAGGCCUCAAUCUUUGCCCUCCAAUCCGACGCCGUCGACAAUUUACUGGGCAGUCUCAUCAUCGCAGGCACAUUCACCAUCCCGGAAGUCUGCCUUUUUUUCCAUCACACUUUGUUCAGAGGGAACCGCACAACAAAAGUCUCGGCCUCGAGCUUCGAAGCGUUCGACUCCCCCAACUCUGACCCCCUGGCGAAGGUGACAAGUUUGGGAGUAGAUGUAAACUGGGGUUUAGUGCGGCGCCCAACCCGCAUCAAAGAAUUCAACGUCACCAAAACUCUCGACACGACUCACGUUGCCUCGCUUCGCAUCUUUCCCGGCAUCUGGCCUCAGCUGGUCGACUCUGUCCUUCGUGUCCCUGACCUGAGGGGUUUGGUUCUCGAGACGUUUGGCAUGGGGAAUGCACCGGGGGGUGUGGAUGGGCAUCUCACAAAGGCGAUCAAACAGGCGGUUGAGAGGGGGAUUGUCAUUGUUAAUGUCAGCCAGUGUACUAAUGGGUUUGUGAGCCCGUUGUACGCGCCGGGGACGGCGCUGGGGAGGGCGGGGGUGGUGUUUGGGGGAGAUUUGACGACGGAGGCGGCGUUGACGAAGCUGAGUUAUUUGCUGGCGUUGAAGGAUAGGGGGACGGUUGGGUUGGAGGAGGUGAAGGAGAUGAUGGGACGGAGUUUGAGGGGGGAGAUGACGGAGUUGAGGGUCGCGAGCUUUGUUCACCCGGCUGGGGUGGUGGAGGAAGAUGUGGUGGGGAAGAUUACGGCUGCGGAAUCAGCUUUUACAGCCCUAGGCUACGCAAUCAGCAACGGCGACCUCCGCACCGUACGGGAGCUUUUGGAAGGGGACGAGUUCAACCACCAGCUCCUCAAAAAGGCGGACUACGCUGGCAACACGGCCGUUCAUCUUGCCGCUGUCGGGCCCGAGCCAAAGAUCCUCAGGGAGGUCCUCGAGCGGGGCGCUAGCGUACACGUCAGGAACCGGGCGAACAACACGCCGCUUUAUUUGGCGGAAAAAAUGGUUGCCAGCGGGACGACGCCGAAGAGCGAAGAGUGUGUCGGUUUGUUGAAGGAGGCGGGGGGCCAUCUGUGGUUGGAGAAUGAGGAGAGCAUGGCUAAUAGCCGGAGGGGGUCUGUGGGGGGCAGAGAGAAUGGAAAUGGAGUUAACGCCAAACCAGCCGAGGAGAAGUUGACUUUGGAAGUGGAAGCUCCUCUCCUUGGUGGCCCAGAGAGUUUUCUCUGGGGGGGUGCAACGGAGAAGGUCCGUCAGGAACACGACGCUGUGUGGAAGAACGCGAUGGAGAGAGUUCGCAAGGAGCAGGAUUCUGUGAUUGAAAGAGCACGCAAGGAGCUGGAUGCCAAAUUGAUGCAGGAACUCGCAAGGGUCGAGGCUGAGAGGGCCAGGCUGCUGAAAAUUGGGGAUACGCCGAAUGUGCAGGGUGGUGCCGACGAUAUCGAGUCGACAACGGGAAAGAUCGUCAACUGAGGGGUAUACCCGAGCUGCGUGGUGAUUUGGUUGGAGAUGUUUUCUUAGGGUCUGAAUCUUGAGACAGCGUACAUGCUUCAUGUAGACGUCUAUGCCCAAGUUUUUGGCCAUAUGAUAUGUGGUUUCGUUUGGUUGGUUGAACAUGCAAGAAAUUAUCUACCGAUAGGUAGAUCGGGUCCGUUUUUUGGGUCUUGUUUGCGGGUAGUAUCUAGAUAGAUCAGAUACUCAAGAGUUGGGGGCGGCCUUUUCGUGAGCUGCUCUGUUUUGUUUUACAUGUCAGUAGAUGUAAACGAAUCGUUAGUUUUCAACCGCGAGGCUGCAGCC